CAAGCAGCCAAUGGGAGGGGUGCUGUCGGUUGUUGUUGCCCUGUGAGGCGGCUGCGCUGUGCUGUUGGGUGCCGGCCGCUGCCGCAGGAGCCAUCCGUGAGGCCCUAGGCCCCCCGUGCCCGCUCGCCUCUUGCUGCCCCCCACCGGUCCCGCAGACCCCGCGGAGGGCGGGGAGAUGCAGCCCCCGGGCCCUCAGCAGCCGCCGCUCUAUGCACCCAGCAACGGGGAUUUCACCUUUGUCUCCUCAGCAGACGCCGAAGAUCUUAGUGGCUCAAUAACAACUCCAGAUGUUAAGCUAAAUCUUGGAGGAGAAUUCAUCAAAGAAUCUUCUGCAACUACAUUCCUAAGACAGAGGGGGUAUGGCUGGCUUCUGGAAGUGGAAGAUGAUGACCCAGAAGAUAACAAGCCACUCCUGGAAGAACUUGACAUUGAUCUGAAAGAUAUUUACUACAAAAUUCGAUGUGUGUUGAUGCCUAUGCCAUCUCUUGGGUUUAACAGGCAGGUAGUGAGAGACAAUCCAGACUUUUGGGGUCCUCUGGCAGUAGUCCUCUUCUUCUCAAUGAUUUCAUUAUAUGGACAAUUUAAGGUGGUUUCUUGGAUUAUAACUAUUUGGAUAUUUGGAUCCUUGACAAUUUUUUUACUGGCCAGGGUUCUUGGAGGAGAAGUUGCUUAUGGCCAAGUUCUUGGUGUGAUAGGAUACUCCCUACUUCCCCUCAUUGUCAUAGCACCUGUACUUUUGGUGGUUGGAUCAUUUGAAGUUGUUUCUACCCUAAUAAAAUUGUUUGGAGUCUUUUGGGCUGCAUACAGUGCUGCAUCAUUACUAGUUGGAGAAGAAUUCAAGACCAAGAAACCCCUUCUAAUUUAUCCAAUCUUUUUAUUAUACAUUUAUUUUCUGUCCUUGUACACCGGGGUGUGAUCUAGUACAAGAUGUGGCUAGAAACUGUAUUUUAUUCACUUGCAGACUGAUAAUGCGUAAGAUUAAGGAGGCUGGAGAUAAUACAAGUGACUGUUUUGUAUCCAGUUGUCAAGAUGUUUUAAGAUUGAAGAGCAUAUUUGUGUAUAUUAUUUAAUGAAGCAAUUGUAGCUAUAUAGAUUUGUAUCAAAGUUCUAGGUUUGUUUAAGACUCUUCAGAUUUUAAUGAGCAAAAUAAAAGAACCUUGUGUUUUAUAAGAAAGUGUAGCAAAACCACAACUCAAUACCUGUGCCAAAAAGCACUAGGACCAGAUUACUAUAUUUGAGGAAAAAAAGAUGAGAAGUUAAUGGUAACGAUCUCAAAGUGCAAUUUUUCUUUUCAGCUUAAACACAGCUGGCUUUUUUGGCACAGCAAAUUCUGUAGAUAAUAUAUAUUUAUGAAACGGUUCUGAUUGUUCACAGAAUAGUCUGUAUAAUCAAGACAUGAAGAUACUACUUUUAAUUUAGUGCCUAAAUUACUUUGAUUUGGCUAUUGAGUUUUUAUAAAUUCCAGUUUGUUUUCAAAACAUGUAUAUACUGUGUAUUUUGUAUCUAUGGCUUGUGUGUAGCGUAAGUACUCCUUGGUUAAGGAUGUAUAUUGGGUUUUUAAAAAUUGAAGAUACAAGUAUUUGAAGUCUUCAUUUACUAUCUCUGACCAAAGGAGCAAGAUAUUUACUGUGCGACAUAAUGAAUUGGAAUGCAUCUUUAGAGAAUCAAAUUAUUUUACUCAGAAGUGUAAGUUUACAGAGAAAUAGGUAAACACCUUUCCCAACUGUAGAGAUGGCUUAAUGUUGCAGGAAAAAAAGAUGAUCUUUCAAAUUUGUGUGAUCUUAAAACAAUGUUAUUUUAUGAUGACAAAAUAAAAGUAAUGCUUCCCUAACUAUGUUUUACAACAUUUUGCUCUGUCUUGCUUUUAAUAGCAUGAUAUUUAACAUGCAUCCAUGGUUUGUUUUUUUUGGCUGUGUGUUUGUUUUUUUUCUUUCCCCAGUACUAUUAAUCCCUUGUAAAGAGAAAUAAAACAAAUUUGCAAGGGCAGAUUCUCCCCACAAUAAACAAGGCAGAACAACAGCCUUGGUAACAGUUACAGUCUUGCUAAUUUUGACUAUCCAAGGAUUAUGUAAUAAUGUGGUGACAUGUUAAAUAUUUCCUGUGUACUGUGUUGAUUGCUUAUGUAAUGGUCCUUAUGGUAAUGUUUCUUCACAAAGGAAGUCCACUGAAGUUCACUUUGCAUGGUACUAACUUAGGUAUUUGCAAUCUUCAGUAUUUAGCAUUGCCAAAUAGAUUUUGAGCUUCUUAGUAUUUAAUUUUGGUAACAGGGGAAAAGAAAUCAUUCCCCGUCCCUUUUUUUUUGUGUGCUUCAAAUAAAAAUUAGCCAUUAUAAGGCUGUCUGAUCCCUAAUGGACAUGCUUCCGUACCAGAACUGUAGUUUUUCAGACUUUUAGACUGUGUAACUUGCCGUUUUAGUAACUAUUUUUACUACUCAUUAAUGAUGCAGAAUAUAUAUUUAAACUCCAGCUCUACCACAGACCUUUAGCUUAUGCAGUCUGCUUUUCUGGCUGAUGCUUGUGUUGGUUUCAAGCAGAACUAAGUAAAAGUUGGUGCUGGCCACAAAUUGUAACCUAAUACUCUUAACUUGUAAUACAUUAAAGAGGAAAAACUGGAAGAGAGGUGGUCUUUUCACCUCAUUUUUGAUUUCUGCAGAAGUCCUGGUGGAAUUACUGCAGAUCUGUCCUAAAUCAAUUAUAGCACCAGCUUAGUUCUUACCUGUGUUUUGUGAGCAUCCAUAACAUAUUCUUAAAAAAGCAACCAAAAAGAACAACAAAAAAAGUGUAUUAGCUCUGGAAUCUUGCAUGAUAAUUUGGUCUUAUCUCUGUUUCCAUGACUUACAUUUCUUUUUUAACAGGAAUAUCCAACUAGUAUUAGAAGACCCAGUAUCAACCCAGACCCUGUCUGUGAAUACUGGUUUACUAAACAUCCCCACAAACAUGAAGGGCAAAGACACAUUUAGGUUGUUAGGCUGUCAGAGAGCUUUAAACUUAGUUCCUCUUUGCAUAGCUGUUCUAUUCAAUAUCCAUAAUAGGUCCUAUGCAUCUGAAAUGACUGAAUAUUCAAAGGAUGCAAGAACAUUAUUUAAUCUCCAAGUAUCUUAUUUUCCUCUAUAGUGAUGUUCUAUGAAAUUUAUAGUUGCAAGUUUAACUGUUUCUUUCCACAGACUUGGCACAUGUGUAAUAUGCAAUGUAGAUAUGCACUUAACAUAGUACAGAUUUUGUACACGAUUGCAGAUUUGCACCUUUUAAUCUUAGUCUCUCUAUGGUCACCUUCUGCGUAUGCUGUGCAAGAAGUAUGUACAAACAGCUCUUAAAUGGUUCUGAUAGUUUGUAAUAACUUUGCAUUCAACAAACUCAUAUUUUUAGAUGAGGUAUGUGUGUAAAUACAAGAUGUAUUUUAUAAAAAUUUUGAAUUAAACUUCUUUACAGAA